UUCCUGAGCUGAAUGUUUUGACUUCUGAUAUGUACAGAAAUUUUAGCUAAGAAAUGGCUUUUGUAAAAAAAGGGUUCUUGAGAUAUCUCUCUUUUCUUUUUUUAAGUUUUGCACUUAUUUUCUUUAUAAUAAUCUCUACAAGAAAAGACUGCUUACAGGGGGUGCGGUUGGACAUGAAGCACCUGAUCAAGAGCGAUGUUGGAGAGCUGCAAGCUUGUUCAGCCAUCAUCCAAGGCGACAUGGGUGGAGUUGACAGUAAAGACUUUGGCAAACUCCUUGCUGAGAGAAAAAAAACUUCUCUUUUGCCUGAGUCCUUUUACCUAAAUGCCACGAAAGACUGCCAAGCUUUUGUCAGAGACAGAGGGUUUUUAACAGUUCCUCUGAGCAAAGAGGAAAUAGACUUUCCAAUUGCUUACUCCAUGGUUAUUCAUGAGAAGAUUGAGAUGUUUGAGAGGCUUCUGCGUGCUAUUUACACUCCUCAGAAUGUCUACUGUGUACAUGUGGACCAAAAGACGCCUAAAAUCUUCUCUGAGGCUGUAAGGGCUAUUGUGUCUUGUUUGCCCAAUGUAUUCGUAGCCAGUAAGUUAGAGAAUGUCGUCUAUGCCUCCUGGUCACGAGUUCAAGCAGACAUCAACUGCAUGGAGGAGCUUCUCAAGUCUUCUGUCAGAUGGAGGUAUCUGCUUAACACAUGCGGGGCAGAUUUUCCCUUGAAAACCAAUAUAGAAAUGGUUCGUUCUUUGAAAAAUCUUAAUGGAAAGAAUAGUAUGGAGUCUGAAGUCACAGUCGCACACAAAAGAGCACGCUGGGAAUACCAUCAUAAUGUAACAACCACUGUGACUCGAACAAAUAUUAAGAAGACCCCACCACCCAUCAGCACCCCUAUGUACUCUGGGAAUGCGUACUUCAUCGUUACUAGAGCGUUUGUAGAAUAUGUCUUUAAGAGUCCUGAGAUCCAGAACUUUAUGGAAUGGGAGAAGGACACAUACAGUCCAGAUGAGCACAUGUGGGCAACACUACAGAGGAUGCCUUCAGUGCCUGGCUCCAACCCACCCAAUGGAAAGUACGAUGAGUCCGACAUGCUUGCAGUCGCCAGGUUGGUCAAGUGGAGUUAUCUUGAGGGAAACAUUAAAAAUGGAGCACCCUAUCCACCAUGCACUGGGACACAUAGACAUGCUGUGUGUGUUUAUGGAGCAGGGGACCUAAAUUGGAUUUUAAAGCAGAAACAUUUUUUUGCCAACAAAUUUGACCCAGGAGUGGAUGAUAUUGCUAUAAAAUGCAUGGAGGCUUUUUUACGGUACAAAGCAAUUUAUGAUCAGUCUUUACAAACUAUUGAUACAACAAAUUUAGAUGAAUAAUAUUGCUACCUGUUUACAGAAUAAUACCACUUGUGUACAUUUCACAUGCUGUACAUAUUACAAUAUUUAUGCUAAUGUAGUUAAUUUAAGAAAGCAUUCUAUUUUCAAAGUGUAUAAACCUUAAUAUAGAAGUCAUACUAUUAAUAAGCUUUUUAGUCUAUUUUUAAAACUAAUCAAGCUGAAACUUGUUGCUUUGCUCAUUGCUUUGUUCAUU